AAGUAACUGUGUCAGGAACCGAAGGUGCUGCCGAGGAAGAAAAAGCAAGAAGAAACGAAGAUGUAAAAUUGGUUGAAAAGGAAAAGGAAGGUGAUGGAACAAGUCAAGAGGUGAAAGAGCCUGAAAACAAGCUGAUAUCAGUGAAGGACCGGCAGUCGCAUGACAACGAAGGCUUACAGCCACCAUCAUUGAAUGGCACUCAUGAAGCUGAAACGAUAACACCAUCAGAAGACAGUUUGCAAGUAAAUAAAGAUAAACAAGAUUUGCCGAGUCCCUUGCAGCUUCCAUUACCCAACAGCGCAGCGGAUGGAAACCCAUCAUCCACAUCUGCAGCUGGCCGUGGUGACGAGAAAAGUCACGAAAACGGCAAUGGCACGAGGAAUUCUCAGCAGUCUGUCGCAGAAGACAUUGAACAGAACAAAGACGCCGGCGAAAAAGUUGUCGCUCCAACGGGUGGAGAGGAAGAUUCACGAUUGCCGGUUAUGACGGUUGAAGAAAUGCGUGGUGCAACAACGAAGAGCAACAGCGGCAGCAGCACCACGGCAGCUACGGCCAUGCAGUUUGACACUGGCACAGAAGGCACUCCAACCAACAAUCAUCCGAACCGACCCUCCAUUGACGGCGACACACCACCCGGAAGUAUUUCCGAUGGUGAAGCUGCAUCAGCCAACAAAUACGAUACGGUCUCUCAGAGUGCGGGAUCCACAACAGCGCCCACCACAAACGCCAAAACAGGUGAAACGGAUAUGCCUGGCGACAGUGACGGCAGCACCGCGGUGUCCCACACCACCUCCCCUCUUUUGCUUCUUGUUGUUGCGUGUGCGGCUGCGGCUGCGGUGGUGGCCGCGUGA